CAAGAAAAGCACAUCAAGUAGAUAUCCAAAGGCGAUACAGUCAGGUUGCUCUUCUUUCGAACAGUCUUUCGAACGCUCUUCCUACUUUCACUUUCAGCCAGACAGGCUCUGCAGCUUAUUAGGAGAAGCGUGUAGCGUUGAGGAUUCACGGCAGGCACACUAUGCUGACUCGCGGCGCUGCACCUCGAGCCAUCAGCCAUCCGCUCUCACCCGGCACAUCACCCGUACUCACGCCGGUGCUUUUACGUCACCCUGAGUACUUGCAGCUGGGACUGCGUGGAUGCAGACGAUCAUUGCAAGCAAGUGCAGUAGCUGUGCGCCGCGCGGCCUGGCAGCGCUGGCUCCACCACGCGGGCGUUGAUGCCGCCAGGCCCAAACAGCAGUUCAUGGCCGCAGCCGCUUCGUCGGAGCCUGGCAAGCCUGCUAACGAACCUGAAGGCAGCCAGGCAGCGACACAAGCAAGUUCCGCAGGUGUCGAUGGAGCCGGCCCGUCAGGCCGCGGCCGGCCCACGCUGGCUCAGAUGCAGCAGGACGCGCGCAGCAUGAUUUCGGAGCUAGCAGCGAAGCAGAUUGCUGAGCAGCAACAGCGGCAACAGUUAGCAUCUGCAAGCCGUGGAGUUUCCAGCAGAGCAACCGCAGUGUCUGGUCCGGCCGCUUCUGGGUCGUCGUCUGCAGCCGCUGGCGGCACAGCAGCCACGGUUGACACCGCCACCGCCCGCGCACGUGCUCCGGAACAGGGACAGGCACUGGAGGCGACAGCGACGUCGGCACCGGCGCCAGCAUCCCAACCCGGGGAGUUGGAAGAAUCCAGCUCGGAUGAUAUUACCUGGAGCUCGCUACGCGCGGAGCUUGAAGGUGAUUGGCAGCGGCUGCGGGACCGCUGGCGGCAGUUCGUGGCGCGCCCGCUGGACCCCCCGCCGGCCCCGCAGCAGCGUCAGCCAGGGCAACAGCGGGGCCAGCCAGAGGCGCGGGAUGGAGGGCCUCAGCCCCUGGAGGUGGUAGUGCCGCAGGUGGUAGGCCCGGACGGGAGCGUUCUGCCGAGCAGCAGUGGCAGUAACAUUGGCAGUAGCAGCGCGCCGUGGAUGGACUCUGCUGGCGGGGCGGCGACGGGAGUGGCAGGAGCCGAAGCAGUGUCGCAGCAGGAGCGUGGGGGCGAGCCACAGGCGGGGGAUGGGGAGGCGGAGGACUAUGAUCUGGUGGUGCAGAGGGGCGCCACGCGGCUCCUGCAGCUGGCGUGCCUGGCCGUCUUUGCGGCCCAGUGGGCACCGGUGGUGCAGGCGGUGGCGGGCGGCGGCGUCGCGCCGCCGCCGUUCAGAGACGGCAUCCUGGCGAUGCUGCUGGCUUGUCCGCCCACGCCGGUGACCAUGUCGCUGCAAAUGGACGUGUUCUCCGUCAGCUCUGGUCACUGGCCUGGCCUGCUCACCAGCGCGCUGCUUCACAGCGGCUUGUUGUCGUUGCUGGCGUCGCUGUGGUCGCUCGACUUCACGGGCGCGUGGCUGGAGACGGCGCAUGGGCCCACCAUCCUGGCCAUCAGCCUCCUCAUGGCGGGCGGGGGCGCGGCCGCGGGCCAACUGCUGGCGGGGCAACCCGCGGGCAUCGGCGGCAUAGGCGCGGCGCUGGGCUUGGAGGCGGCGGUCGUGGUGCGCAGUCUGCGGCUGGCGGGUGAGCUGCCACCGCUGCGGGCGGGCGGCGUGGCGCUGGUGGGCGUGGCGGCGGCCAUGGCUGUGUACCAGCCGCUGGUAGGGCCCUGGGCGCUGGUGGGCGGCGUGGUGGGCGGCGCGCUGUCCGGCGUGUUGGCGUACGACGUGCUGUGGCUGCUGCGUGUCGUGCUGGGCGUCACCAUGCUGCUGUGCAUCACGGCGUGGGACGUGCUCACGUGGCUGCCGCGGCAGCUGUGGCGUGUGCUAGUGGCGGUGGCGGCGUUUGCAUGGGGCACGGUGGUCGCGUUUGUUCAGGCGGUGCGGGGCGUGUAGCAUGCCCGACUAGCGGGGGGCGCGGGGCGAUUGUUGUCGGGGUCCUGAGGCAGGCCUGAGUCCCCAGGAAAAGGCGGGGCCGUGAAGGGGCAAUCGGUAUGUCCUCAAGGGAGACCGGUGUGUGACGAACAGCUUCAUCCCGGAUGUGCAACCUGUAUGCACGCGCUUGUUGGCAAGGACACGGAGCCAACUUUGGCCACUACGGCAACAGUAAGCUGU